AUGCGGCGACGCCUCGCGCUACCCUGCGUGCCUCGCUACCCUGCGUGCCUCGCUACCCUGCGUGCCUCGCUACCCUGCGUGCCUCGCUACCCUGCGUGCCUCGCUACCCUGCGUGCCUCGCUACCCUGCGUGCCUCGCUACCCUGCGUGCCUCGCUACCCUGCGUGCCUCGCUACCCUGCGUGCCUCGCUACCCUGCGUGCCUCGCUACCCUGCGUGCCUCGCUACCCUGCGUGCCUCGCUACCCUGCGUGCCUCGCUACCCUGCGUGCCUCGCUACCCUGCGUGCCUCGCUACCCUGCGUGCCUCGCUACCCUGCGUGCCUCGCUACCCUGCGUGCCUCGCUACCCUGCGUGCCUCGCUACCCUGCGUGCCUCGCUACCCUGCGUGCCUCGCUACCCUGCGUGCCUCGCUACCCUGCGUGCCUCGCUACCCUGCGUGCCUCGCUACCCUGCGUGCCUCGCUACCCUGCGUGCCUCGCUACCCUGCGUGCCUCGCUACCCUGCGUGCCUCGCUACCCUGCGUGCCUCGCUACCCUGCGUGCCUCGCUACCCUGCGUGCCUCGCUACCCUGCGUGCCUCGCUACCCUGCGUGCCUCGCUACCCUGCGUGCCUCGCUACCCUGCGUGCCUCGCUACCCUGCGUGCCUCGCUACCCUGCGUGCCUCGCUACCCUGCGUGCCUCGCUACCCUGCGUGCCUCGCUACCCUGCGUGCCUCGCUACCCUGCGUGCCUCGCUACCCUGCGUGCCUCGCUACCCUGCGUGCCUCGCUACCCUGCGUGCCUCGCUACCCUGCGUGCCUCGCUACCCUGCGUGCCUCGCUACCCUGCGUGCCUCGCUACCCUGCGUGCCUCGCUACCCUGCGUGCCUCGCUACCCUGCGUGCCUCGCUACCCUGCGUGCCUCGCUACCCUGCGUGCCUCGCUACCCUGCGUGCCUCGCUACCCUGCGUGCCUCGCUACCCUGCGUGCCUCGCUACCCUGCGUGCCUCGCUACCCCUGCGUGCCUCGCUACCCUGCGUGCCUCGCUACCCUGCGUGCCUCGCUACCCUGCGUGCCUCGCUACCCUGCGUGCCUCGCUACCCUGCGUGCCUCGCUACCCUGCGUGCCUCGCUACCCUGCGUGCCUCGCUACCCUGCGUGCCUCGCUACCUGCGUGCCUCGCUACCCUGCGUGCCUCGCUACCCUGCGUGCCUCGCUACCCUGCGUGCCUCGCUACCCUGCGUGCCUCGCUACCCUGCGUGCCUCGCUACCCUGCGUGCCUCGCUACCCUGCGUGCCUCGCUACCCUGCGUGCCUCGCUACCCUGCGUGCCUCGCUACCCUGCGUGCCUCGCUACCCUGCGUGCCUCGCUACCCUGCGUGCCUCGCUACCCUGCGUGCCUCGCUACCCUGCGUGCCUCGCUACCCUGCGUGCCUCGCUACCCUGCGUGCCUCGCUACCCUGCGUGCCUCGCUACCCUGCGUGCCUCGCUACCCUGCGUGCCUCGCUACCCUGCGUGCCUCGCUACCCUGCGUGCCUCGCUACCCUGCGUGCCUCGCUACCCUGCGUGCCUCGCUACCCUGCGUGCCUCGCUACCCUGCGUGCCUCGCUACCCUGCGUGCCUCGCUACCCUGCGUGCCUCGCUACCCUGCGUGCCUCGCUACCCUGCGUGCCUCGCUACCCUGCGUGCCUCGCUACCCUGCGUGCCUCGCUACCCUGCGUGCCUCGCUACCCUGCGUGCCUCGCUACCCUGCGUGCCUCGCUACCCUGCGUGCCUCGCUACCCUGCGUGCCUCGCUACCCUGCGUGCCUCGCUACCCUGCGUGCCUCGCUACCCUGCGUGCCUCGCUACCCUGCGUGCCUCGCUACCCUGCGUGCCUCGCUACCCUGCGUGCCUCGCUACCCUGCGUGCCUCGCUACCCUGCGUGCCCUCGCUACCCUGCGUGCCUCGCUACCCUGCGUGCCUCGCUACCCUGCGUGCCUCGCUACCCUGCGUGCCUCGCUACCCUGCGUGCCUCGCUACCCUGCGUGCCUCGCUACCCUGCGUGCCUCGCUACCCUGCGUGCCUCGCUACCCUGCGUGCCUCGCUACCCUGCGUGCCUCGCUAACCCUGCGUGCCUCGCUACCCUGCGUGCCUCGCUACCCUGCGUGCCUCGCUACCCUGCGUGCCUCGCUACCCUGCGUGCCUCGCUACCCUGCGUGCCUCGCUACCCUGCGUGCCUCGCUACCCUGCGUGCCUCGCUACCCUGCGUGCCUCGCUACCCUGCGUGCCUCGCUACCCUGCGUGCCUCGCUACCCUGCGUGCCUCGCUACCCUGCGUGCCUCGCUACCCUGCGUGCCUCGCUACCCUGCGUGCCUCGCUACCCUGCGUGCCUCGCUACCCUGCGUGCCUCGCUACCCUGCGUGCCUCGCUACCCUGCGUGCCUCGCUACCCUGCGUGCCUCGCUACCCUGCGUGCCUCGCUACCCUGCGUGCCUCGCUACCCUGCGUGCCUCGCUACCCUGCGUGCCUCGCUACCCUGCGUGCCUCGCUACCCUGCGUGCCUCGCUACCCUGCGUGCCUCGCUACCCUGCGUGCCUCGCUACCCUGCGUGCCUCGCUACCCUGCGUGCCUCGCUACCCUGCGUGCCUCGCUACCCUGCGUGCCUCGCUACCCUGCGUGCCUCGCUACCCUGCGUGCCUCGCUACCCUGCGUGCCUCGCUACCCUGCGUGCCUCGCUACCCUGCGUGCCUCGCUACCCUGCGUGCCUCGCUACCCUGCGUGCCUCGCUACCCUGCGUGCCUCGCUACCCUGCGUGCCUCGCUACCCUGCGUGCCUCGCUACCCUGCGUGCCUCGCUACCCCUGCGUGCCUCGCUAACCCUGCGUGCCUCGCUACCCUGCGUGCCUCGCUACCCUGCGUGCCUCGCUACCCUGCGUGCCUCGCUACCCUGCGUGCCUCGCUACCCUGCGUGCCUCGCUACCCUGCGUGCCUCGCUACCCUGCGUGCCUCGCUACCCUGCGUGCCUCGCUACCCUGCGUGCCUCGCUACCCUGCGUGCCUCGCUACCCUGCGUGCCUCGCUACCCUGCGUGCCUCGCUACCCUGCGUGCCUCGCUACCCUGCGUGCCUCGCUACCCUGCGUGCCUCGCUACCCUGCGUGCCUCGCUACCCUGCGUGCCUCGCUACCCUGCGUGCCUCGCUACCCUGCGUGCCUCGCUACCCUGCGUGCCUCGCUACCCCUGCGUGCCUCGCUACCCUGCGUGCCUCGCUACCCUGCGUGCCUCGCUACCCUGCGUGCCUCGCUACCCUGCGUGCCUCGCUACCCUGCGUGCCUCGCUACCCUGCGUGCCUCGCUACCCUGCGUGCCUCGCUACCCUGCGUGCCUCGCUACCCUGCGUGCCUCGCUACCCUGCGUGCCUCGCUACCCUGCGUGCCUCGCUACCCUGCGUGCCUCGCUACCCUGCGUGCCUCGCUACCCUGCGUGCCUCGCUACCCUGCGUGCCUCGCUACCCUGCGUGCCUCGCUACCCUGCGUGCCUCGCUACCCUGCGUGCCUCGCUACCCUGCGUGCCUCGCUACCCUGCGUGCCUCGCUACCCUGCGUGCCUCGCUACCCUGCGUGCCUCGCUACCCUGCGUGCCUCGCUACCCUGCGUGCCUCGCUACCCUGCGUGCCUCGCUACCCUGCGUGCCUCGCUACCCUGCGUGCCUCGCUACCCUGCGUGCCUCGCUACCCUGCGUGCCUCGCUACCCUGCGUGCCUCGCUACCCUGCGUGCCUCGCUACCCUGCGUGCCUCGCUACCCUGCGUGCCUCGCUACCCUGCGUGCCUCGCUACCCUGCGUGCCUCGCUACCCUGCGUGCCUCGCUACCCUGCGUGCCUCGCUACCCUGCGUGCCUCGCUACCCUGCGUGCCUCGCUACCCUGCGUGCCUCGCUACCCUGCGUGCCUCGCUACCCUGCGUGCCUCGCUACCCUGCGUGCCUCGCUACCCUGCGUGCCUCGCUACCCUGCGUGCCUCGCUACCCUGCGUGCCUCGCUACCCUGCGUGCCUCGCUACCCUGCGUGCCUCGCUACCCUGCGUGCCUCGCUACCCUGCGUGCCUCGCUACCCUGCGUGCCUCGCUACCCUGCGUGCCUCGCUACCCUGCGUGCCUCGCUACCCUGCGUGCCUCGCUACCCUGCGUGCCUCGCUACCCUGCGUGCCUCGCUACCCUGCGUGCCUCGCUACCCUGCGUGCCUCGCUACCCUGCGUGCCUCGCUACCCUGCGUGCCUCGCUACCCUGCGUGCCUCGCUACCCUGCGUGCCUCGCUACCCUGUCGUGCCUCGCUACCCUGCGCGCGUCGCCCCACGCGUCCGCCACGGCCACCACCACGUCCUCGAACGUGUGCCGGCUGCCGCGGUCCUCCGCCUGCCCCGCCGCAACCCGCGUCACCACCUCGCCGUCGCCGCGCGCCUCCCUCGUCCUCGCGCUACCGACCGCCUCCCCCGCACCCCCGUCGCUCGCCCCUCCUCUGCCAUGAUCCGCCUGCUCGCUUUCGCUUCGACGCCUCUCGCCGUUCGUCUUGCCACCACCAUCGACGUCCGUCGAUGCUGUCGGCAUCGCCCUUCCGUCGCCAGUGCCCGCGAUAUCACUGCCGCCCAGCUCCGCACCGCCCGCCUUCCCUUCCGCGGCGGCCUCACCAGCUCCCACAGCAGCGGCUUCCGCCGCUUCGGAGCCGGCGGCACGAGAGCCGCCGUCGUGUGUCUUUAA